AGCGCGGAGUUCCUGACCAGUCUGGUUCUCUGCUAGCAGUAUUGUUCGCAGUCUUUAGCCAUGUCUGGGCGCGGCAAGGGAGGUAAGGGAUUAGGCAAAGGGGGUGCCAAACGGCACAGGAAAGUGCUUCGGGAUAACAUUCAGGGCAUUACCAAGCCUGCUAUUCGCCGUCUGGCUCGCCGUGGUGGUGUCAAGCGUAUCUCGGGACUCAUUUAUGAGGAGACCCGUGGCGUACUGAAGGUUUUCCUGGAGAACGUGAUCCGGGACGCCGUCACCUACACGGAGCACGCCAAGAGAAAGACCGUCACCGCCAUGGACGUGGUUUACGCGCUCAAGCGCCAGGGCAGAACCCUUUACGGAUUCGGCGGUUAAGCCAGCUACAUCUUGCAACCCCGCCAAGAAAAACCAAAAGGCCCUUUUCAGGGCCCCCCUCCAUUGUCUUAAUAAGGAGCUCUAACAUAUCUUUGCGCCUCUUGACUAGUUUUCUCGUUCUGAUUUUUUGCUAGUAAGUUUACGUUCGGUCAAACUUGUAAGUAAAAAAGAAAGGUCUAUUAUGUAGCUCAUGAUUGCGUAAGGUUUUAACAGGUCGGUUUCCGCCGCGCGUCCUCCAUUCGAGAGUCUUGGAAGACAAAAGCAGAUUGGACUAUGCACGUUAAUGUCACAAAAUGGAGUCCUGUUCUGGGUCUGUUAGGGGGAGGCAGUCUGGGUAAAAGUGCCAGAGAUCCCGCGAGGUUAAGAAAAGGCGUAAACCAAUCGGAGGGUAGUGCCAAGCAAUGCGGGAGUAUCUUGCCCAAUCAGGAAAGAGGUAUCUAAUCCAGUCCGCUGUGAAGCUCGACAUUCUAAAAUUCUUUCUCUUUCUACGAAGUACUGGAAAUUUAAAGCACACCUGUAGAAGGAAGAAGAGUGACAUUUUGGAAAGUAACUUUUCACCAUUGGAAAACGUUAUAGGUUCUUUAUCCUGGGGAUAUUGGGUAUUCUUGAACAGGGUCUUGAAGUCAUGCGGUAUGUGUCUGAGAUAAGAUGCAUUCUGUAUCCACUUACCGUUUUGAAGAUUUCUGUAUUUUAACGUUCAGAUUGUCAGGAUUGACUAAACCGAAAGCAUAAUUUUCAAUUAAAUUUACAAUCAUUAAGAGUUUACUAUGCUGCCAAGCAUUGUAAUCAACACAAUGGGAUACAAAGAAAUACAAAAUCUCUGCACUCGAGUUUACAUUCGUAAUAGAGAAAACAUUUGUUUGGCAACUUCGUUACUCUUUUUUUUCCCCUCCCGUGCGCCCAUUCCCAAUUCGCUCAACCUCAGUAUGAGGAUGGAUGGUAAGAGAACCCAAAAUACUUGAGGAGGAGCUUUGGAGAGGUUGAUCUGGCUGGUGACUUCCUGUGAGCUGUCUGGGCACCAGUUUGAUCCUGGAAUUGGAGCCUGGAGGAGCUCCCUCCUUGAGACAGUCACGUGGGAAUCUUAGCAGUUGACAGAAAGCAAACAAGAACAGUUCUGACCUUCAGAAGAGAUUGGGCCUGAAUCUUCAGGCUGAACAAACAAUCAACACACCACACCAGGCUGGGCUGAACAAGCUCCUCUCUUCUCCAACACCAGGAAGGAAGAAAAACCUGACAGAAAGAAAGUGCUAGUCACAAGACCCAACUGCCACUUCCAGUUGCCCAUUCCCCCACCAACUGUCAGUCUUGUUUACUUUCCACAGUGUAUCAGGAAAAUUUUAAAAGUUCCGAAACAUUCUCCUCACAUGGUAUGAGUGGGACCCCAUAACUGUAGAACAUUCUUUUCUUUUAAUGCCUGGAUCCCCCACAAACUUGCUGGGGAGGGAUUUACUAUGCAAACUAUAAGCCACAAUAAUUUGCUCCUCAGAUGGUUCCUUAUCAUUGGAAGUACCUGAGGAAUUUUUAAAUUUAUUCCCUGUACUUCUCUCAGAGAGCCAGGAGGCAAAAGAGUCUCCAACCUUUAUAAUACCUAAGGAUAUACCAGAGUCUCUUUGGGCCACAUCUUUUCUGAUGUAGGCAUACUUAAAUCAGCUAUUCCUAUGUAGAUAAAAACUAAAUCUAGCCCACCUCCUUCCAUUCCUCAGUAUUCCCUCUCAAGAGAGGCAAUUGAGGGUAUUACCCCAGUAAUAAACUCAUUGAUUGCACAGGAAAUAAUAAUCCCUUAUAAAUCUGAAUACAACACGCCCAUCCUGCCCAUUAAAAAACCCAAAAGGGGGCCCGAUGGCAAGUACCUCUAUAGAUUCGUACAGGAUCUGAGGGCUGUGAACAACCACGUUAUAAAGAGACAUUCCAUAGUUUCCAACAUAAAUACUAUUAUUUCCUCUAUUCCUAGCACAGCUACAUACUUUACAGUAGUGGACUUGUGCUCAGCCUUUUUUUCCAUUCCCAUACAUGAGAACUCCAGGCAUAUCUUUGCUUUCACCUGGAAGGUCUCCCAUAUACAUGGAGUCAUCUGCCCCAGGGUUACAUGGAAAGCCCAAGUUUAUUUGCACAAAUUUUGAGCCAAGACACAGAUAAUAUAACAUUUAAAGAUAGUAAAUUAAUCAAAUACGUAGAUGAUCUACUCUUGGCUUCAACAGAUGCAGAAGCAUGUCAGGAAGAUAGUAAACACCUUCUUUUGGAAUUGCACAAAAGAGGUCAUAAGAUCUCAAAGAAUAAGGUUCAGUGGUGUCUCCUUAAAGUUGAAUAUUUGGGGUUCAUCCUGACUGUGGGUACCUGUUCUAUUUCUCCCAAACAAAUUGAAAAUAUUCUAAAUUUAAGAGCUCCUACCACUAAGAAACAGUUGAGAGCAAUUUUAGGAGCAACAGGGUUUUGUAGACAAUGGAUUCCUUGCUAUGGGGAAAUUACUAACCCCCUUAUAGUACUAACAAGGGAUUCAGUCCCUGAACCCCUCAAAUUAGAGCCAGAAUACUUGUCAGGUCUAUCAGAUCUAACACAGGCUAUCCUGUCUGCCCCUGUUCUAGGCAUCCCAGAUUACAACGAGCAAUUUACUUUGUAUGCACAUGAGCAAAGAGGAGUAGCUUCAGCUGUUUUAACUCAGACUUUGGGGCCUUCUCAGUGCCCAAUUGCUUAUUAUUCUGCCCAAUUGGACCCAGUAGCAUCAGGAGCACCACCAUGUCUAAGAGGAAUAGCUGCUACAGCCAUACUAGUGACAAAAAUGUUGAUUUAGUAUUGGGAUAUCCAUUAACAAUUCUGUGCCCACAUGAGGUAGAAGUAUUGUUGCUAAGGCAUAGAACACAGGCAUUCUCAGAUCAGCGAAUUACAAGGUAUGAAAUAACCUUGCUAAACAAUGAAAAUAUUACUCUGAAGCUCUGUACAACCCUUAAUCCUGCCACCUUGCUUCCAGACUUACCAACUUCAGGAGAACCAUUAUACAGUUGUGAAACACUGGUGUUCAUGGCAGAAAAGCCUCGAGAUAAUCUCUUGGACACUCCCUUAAACCACUCAGUUCUGGUCUUAUUUGCUGAUGACUCUUCUUUUAUGAGGGAUGGCAUAUGCUACACUGGAGCUUUAGUAGUCACAGAAUUUGCCACUGAGUGGUUAGCUUCACUGCCCUCUAAUAUUAGCACUCAAGGGGCAGAACUCAUAGCUCUGAAACAUGCUUAUAUAAUUGCCAAGGAUAAAAAGGCAACAAUUUAUAUGGAUUCUAUAUAUGCUUUUGGCAUUUGUCACUCAGUCUGGAUGCUAUAGCUCCAGAGAGGAUUUUUAACCUCAGAUGGAAAAUCUAUAGCUAAUGCAGAAAUUAUUAAUGAAGUUCUUUCUGCUCUCCAGCAGCCUGAAGCCCUAGCUGUAGUUCAUUGCUCUGCCCAUACAGGUGGCACUGACCCUGUCUCUAGUGGAAAUGACAGAGUAGAUACUGCUGCAGAGCUAGCAGCCAUAGAAGGGCCUGAAUUAAUUUUAACAUUAACAACCACUAAUGACUUAAAUUUUCACUUUCCUAUAAUGAAAGGGAAGUGUAAAAAUGGAAAGUAUAAGGAAAAUUUUUAGUGUUUUGACUUAAGUCUAAAUAAUUGGUCACUAGGGAUGAUUCCCAAAUAAUAAAAUACCUAUGUCAGCUGGGAAUUAUGGAGAUUUUAAUUAAUAGAGUGAGAAGGAAUUAAGGAAAGGAGAGAGAGAGAGAGAGAGAGAGAGAGAGAGAGAGAGAGAGAGAGAGAGAGAGAGAGAGAGAGAGAGAGAGAGAGAGAGUUAACUUAAACUGUUCUGACUCGGGCUGAGCCAGGAAGUAGUUAAAGGCCUUGGCCAAAGUGGCCUUCCUGAGUCUAAAGGAAAGGGAACCAGUCUUAUCACUCACCACCAUCUCCAAGGAAGCUCCAGUCCUCCACUGAACUCAAUCUCCUGAACUGAGUUCAGAACUCAAUUCUACUCCGAACUGAAUUGCCUGAACUGACUUUUUACCCCUCCUUUUAAAGAAAUUUUCUCUUAUGUCACCUCCCCUAAAUUUUCAUGCCUACCAAUCACAGUAGACAUUUUUUUUCCAGGACUGCCCAUUCUUAGUUCUCACCACUCAAUAGUUUUCACUUUCUCUGGUUAGAUUAUAUCUUUUCAGUACUUAACACUUCUUUGUUAAGCUUGCCUUUUGUGAGUUACUUGACUUUUUGUGAUUAAUUUAACCUUUAUAGGUACUUAACACCUUUUUGUAUUAGAUCUAAAAAUAGACUUAGCUUAAGUUUCUAGCUUCACUAUAAGGUAUGAGUUAAGUACCUUCAUUGUUCAAUCAGGACUUUAUAACUUUAUCUUCCCCAAAAGUAAGUCUAAGUAUGGGUGAAGUAAUGUAAAGUUCCCAAGACAUUCUUGAUUCUUGUUAGACCAAGUAUCUCCAUUGUUACAAUAAGGAAAUAGUUAAAUCAAAUCUUCUAAAGUACAGUCUGAGUAGUUUUUAAGAUUCACAAAGCAAAAAUUAAAAGCAAGAGAGAUUAAUGCAGCAUUGGUGUCAUCUGAAGGAAAACCCCUACUCCCUAGAAGUUUCUAUUACCAAAUUUGCCAAUCUAUUCAUAAAAAUGGUCACUUUGGUAUGCAGGGCAUCAUGGACUCUGUUAAGAGAGUAUGGAUAUCCCUUGGUAUAACUACUAUAGCCUCUAAAGUGUGUACAGCCUGCUCUACCUGCCAAGCAUAUAACCAACAUGCUUUUUGUGGCAAAGUCUUUGGUGGGCGUCCUAUGGCUUACACACUUUUUGAGUAUCUACAGAUAGAUUUCAUAACAAAGGCUGGACAUUAUAAAUUUUGUCUAGUCAUAGUAGAUCAACUGACCAGAUGGCCAGAAGCAUUUCCUGCGACCCGAGCCACAGCAGCUUUUAUUGCUAAGGUGCUUUUAAAAGAAAUUAUUCCUCAUUUUGGCCUGCCAGCACAUAUUGAUUCAGAUAGAGGAAGUCAUUUUACUGAUUCUCUCCUAAGUCAUAUAUAUUCUUGCUUGGGGAUAACUCCCAAAUUUCAUGUUCCAUAUCAUCCCCAGAGCUCAGGCCAAGUUGAAAGAAUGAACAGAGAACUUAAAACUAUGAUUGGAAAAUUAUGCACUGAGACUCAUUUAAAAUGGCCUGACAUUCUCCCAUCUGGCCCUAUUUUAUCUUGGAAGCAGGCCUAGAGGAGACCUACACAUCUCACCAUUUGAGAUGCUUUUUGGACAUCCACCUAUACAGGCUAAACCUUUCUCCCCUGAAUAUACAUCACUAUUAGGGGGAGAUACUACUAUUGCUUUCUAUAUUCAAGAAUUACAGCACAAACUGUGUGAACUCUAUGGAUCCGGAGCUAUAGUACAAGCCAGACCACGAGACUUUUCUCUUCAUGACCUAAACCCAGGAGACAAGGUGUAUAUUAAGAAUUUCCAGCAUACUGGAGAAACUCAGCCUUCCUGGGAAGGGCCGUUCUAAAUAUUGUUAACUACUCCAACAUCUAUAAAGAUUGGAGAAAAGGACUCUUGGAUUCAUUGCUCACAGAUGAAGAGAACAUCUUCUGUUGAGACUGAUUGACUGUACCUUAUCACAUGCAUUGUAGAUAAUAAUCCAUUGACAAGUGGAUGCUGUUUUUUGAGAACACAUUGAAUUCAUGAUUCCCCCACCCCCUUGUUUUUAUUAUUGCUUUUCUUUUAUUUUGAUUAGAAUAUUUGAUUUUUUCUUUUUUUCUCAUUUCCUGUUUUAAAGGUACAUACAAUUAAUAUUAUUUUUUCUGUAGUAAUAUAAGUUUAAAUAUAUAUGUAUAUAGAUACAUACUUGCUAUAAUAUUAAUGCAUACCCAAAAGCUUUAAAUUGUGGGAACCUGCCAUUUAUUGAUAAAAUGUUAUGGGACUGUGAUUAAUGUUUGUGUUGGAUUCUAGAAAAUGGAAUAAAACAAGGAGCACAGACUUAACCUGAAUAGUGCCAAAAAGAGCACACAGGUAAAAAAAACUAUUGUGAGACUCGCAGUUGCGAUGCUUGACAUAUGUUAAUUCAUAGGACUUCCUUGUAUCUACACUCUUUGUGAAGAACUCAGACAAGUACCAAAGUUUGACUGACUCCCUAAAUCCCUGAGAAUGACAAAAAUCAGACUAGAGAAUGACACUUCCCUAUCAAAAUAAAAUUCUAGUUCUUUUUCUUCUCAUAGUAUGGCAACUUCCUGUAGUCUUGGCUGCAGAUGGGUAAGUGAAAUAUUAUUGCAUUCUAUUCUACAGACUUGUGGGGUAGAAAUUUAUUGAACCCUAAUACAAGGGCCUAUUAUGAAUUUAUUCUUGCUUACUCAACAUUUUAUAUGCAUAGAUUUUGGUAUUUUUAUUCUGAUUUUGAAUUUUUUUCUUUCUACCAAAAGUUAACUUUCUUCCAUUUUUUUCUUUAUGUUUUUGUUUUUUGUUUUUCUCUUCUUUUGAUAAUUGACUCAUACACCCCCAUAACUCAACAUUGCCUCCUGAACUGAGCUGGAUGUUUUUUAAUCACCCUCUUUGGGGGGGGGGGGAAUGUAUAAAUUAUUAUCAUUUUAAAUUGCAAAGUUUAAAUUCCUUUUGAUAGUAAUUUUAGGUUAAGAAGCAUGCUACCUCUCUGAAUCCAGAAAGUGAACGUUUUGGAGAAGAAACCAUGAAGAUGCCUCCACAGACCACAAGCUGCACCAGAAGAUCCAGAGUAAAUUUUGGGAUGUGCUGAUUUGAACUGUGUGGGGUUUAAAUGCAUUUGUUUUGUAUGUAUACUCUUAUGCUGAAGGGGACUGCCCUCUAACUGGCUUUUGUCAAUGCGCCAAUCAAUUAUUGGUUUUGUUCUCUUUUCCUCUUAUCCUCAAAUUAUUGUAAUUUCAUAGCUGUUUACAAGACCAUCGGAGAGACUAGUCUUCCUCAGGCCUCAGAGGGGGAUUGUAAAAAUGGAGAUUUUGAACCCUAGACUUCAAACCCCAGAAAUCUUUGGUAUUUCCCAGAAUUCCCUAGAAUCUCACCUGAAUCUCCACAUACGCAUGAUCACAAUUGGUAUUUAACUGGCAAUAAUGCCAUGCUCUCUUCUCUCCCAUUGCAAUGAUGUAGCCAGUAAGCUAAGCGUGGGGAUUUUGAAUGGGCUAAUCAGUCAUGGGCACAUAGUUUUUAUUUUGUAUCCUUGAUUUCUAAUAAUCCUUAAUAAACCUCAUAAAAUAUAA